UUAUUUUAUUUUCGCAUCGUAAAUAUAAUAAUAAUAAUAUUCAAAUAACUGUAAAAUAAACAUAAGAGUCUUCCACUUCCCCCAAAAAAACUUACAAUCACCGAUCGUUAUCUCGCGUUAGUGCAUUUCAAUAAUUACUCGUCGUAUUGAAUUGAUAUUAUUUGGUUCAUUGAUUGCUUAUUCCCUUAAUUCCAUGUACCUAUGAUAUGAUGUGUAUCCAUUCCAAUUGCAAACAUUACAUGAAAUGAAUUAUACGUGUACACACAUUUUAUUCGACUGAAAUAGUGUAAUGCUUACAUUCGUCUGUGAAUGUCACUACUGGACGUUGAAAAACGAUCUGAACGUCAGCUAUACAGAUUUUAGUCACUUCAAAUAUAAUGAAAAAAAAGAAACGGAAACUUCUACAGAUAAGAUCAUCAAGAAAAACUAUGUCGAAGCAAGCGGAUGUAAUUGGUCGGUGUCCAAUAAGAGACCUAUGAAAUUAAGAGAUUCUUUAAAAUAUUUUGAAAUUGAAUUAAAUGAACAUCGUUUAAUUGCCGUUGAAUGGAUAAAAAAAGACAAAAUUGCAUUUAUAGUUAGUAAUGGAUCAACUAUAUUUAUUACAUUUGAUCCUGCUACUUGUGAUAUAAUUGAAAUUGUCACAGAUAAAUUUUUGCAAUCAAAAUUUCAAUGCGAACAGCUAAUUAAUGUAUCUUAUGCAAAACAAGUACUGUUAUGCUCAUUUUCGGAUCACAAAUUGGGCAUUAUAUAUUUUGGACGUCCAUUCGAUCGCACACUGAACAAAUGGUCCUUUCUCGAUCCAAAAAUUGGAUUAUCUGAUUUCAGCAAUUCUACUACUAACAGAAAAAAUGAACGAAAGAUUACAUUCAAUAUUUCUGCAACAAUGGUAGCUACAUGGUCAAAGUCCUCAUUGAAUGAAGUUUAUCCGUGGAAUCCGUUAGUAAAAGAUGAACAUAGAGCAAAUGUUCAUGUAUAUAAAAUCAUUGGGCCUCGGCUAGAACUUUGUUGCUAUUAUCAUACGAAACAAGAUCCUCUUAUUGUAUCAUUUAGUAAAACAAUAUCAAAUAUUAUAUUCAUUUUGGAACAAAAGAGUUGCAACGAUCCUCGUAUCGAUUUUAGUACUUUUGAAGUGACCAAUACCAAAUUACAUCUAGUCAAGGUAGUGACAAUUAGUCCAUUUGAUUGGUGUUCUGCCGCCAUAGUUAAUGCAUGGUUAAACAAAGAUGACACACGUAUAUGUUUCUCAUACAAUGAUUCUGUACUAUUUAUCCAUGAUUUCAAUUUAUCUAUCACAUGUUCAGUAAAAACUGAUUUUCCCGUGGAGUUUUUGGAUUGGCAUCCAGAUGGUAAUAUGAUAGCUGUGUCAGAUAGCAAUGGUAGAAUACAAUGUUAUGAUUCAUGUUUGUCAUGCAUUCGUCUACAGCCAUUGACAGAAGAAGCAAGUUCAUCAACUUGGUUAGAUAUGCAAUCUAAAGUUGGGAACAAAAAACUUUUCUCCAUGAAAUGGAUGCCAAAUGAAAUAACAAAACAUUCUGUGAAUCAAUCUGAUGCCAUUCUUCAUCUUGUGUUUGAAAAGGGCCCUGUGAUUGCCAUUAAAGUACUUGGCAUUGGAAAGUUAUGUGUAAAUCAAUUGGUUUCCAUGUACUUGAAUGAAAAUGAUGUCGAUCACGCACUCAACUUUUUACUGGGACUAGAUUGGCAUUCUGAAGGGCCAAUAUGUUUAACGACCUUACAACAAAUAACAAAUUAUUUGUUUCGAUUGCCAUUUACUCCUGUAAGAGAAGUGCAAUUACAAUCUGCAAUCGGUAGUUACUACCAACCUGUUAUACCAUUGAGUGAAGAUGCUAAACAUCAAUAUUUUGAACCUGUUCGAAACAUUGCACGACGUUUUUUUCAUCAUUUAGUGAGAUAUGAACUUUAUGAAAAAGCAUAUAGUUUAGCCAUUGAUUUGAAUGACAGAGAUUUAUUUAUGGAUCUAUAUUGGGCAACAAAAUCAGGGAUUGGCACUAGAGCUAUGGCAACCAUGGCAUUGGAGAAAGCAAAUCAAAUUGUGUCUUCAGAAUCAGAUGAUUCACAUUCUAGUCAGUCAUCUGAUUGUGAUUGCACAGACUGUCAUUCAAAUUCCCCAUCAAGCUCAUUAAGGCCACCUUUGCCAAACGUGCCCCUCGCAACUUCUUCACCGUCAUUAUUCAUUCCAUCAAUUUCAAACAACAGAUCCCUGAAUAAUGUUACAACUAUUAGUGUACCAUAUACAAGUUCUCAUAUUGAUCGUGUUCACCCAAAAACUAUAGAGCUACCAACAACAUCAUUGGACAGUGUACCGCACUUAAAAUAUCCUUUCGAACAACAAUUACUCACUCAAAAUACCCGUUUAGAGAACAAUAAUCAACAAAGUCAAAUUUCGACUAAACCACAACCUGAUAAAACUAUUAAAGUUGUACAUUUUGGUAUUGUAUGAUCUUUUUUUAUCAAAACAAAUUAUUUAAACAGUAAACAAAUGUAUUAUUAGUAAACUAUUAAGACUGCCUAAAUUUAUGUUGAUAUGUGAUGGAUAAACUUUGAAUUCAAUUUAUGUGUCAGCACAUACUUGUUUAUGAAACAAGGUUUAAAAACUUUAACAAUGCCAAUGUUUUAAUUUUAAAAUAUUUAUAACUACUUAUAAGAAAUAGAUUAUAU